AUGUGGCCGCGAUGCGAACUUUUCAUCACUUCCCUUCCUGUCUCCUUCAUUCCGCCGCUGCUGCGUCACUCUCCGAAACUUGUCUUAAAAAAAAAAGAAACGAAAAAAGAGGGAUGUGAUGCUCGGGAUGGGGCCGGGCCAGCUGGAGGAGGGGGGUGGAUUUCAAACAUAAGCAGAGCGCGAGAAGGAAGGAACCGCAGUGUCUUUUUUACCCUUCCCCUCUGGGCUGCAAGAAUUGCUCCCAGGACCCCCCCCCCCCACCGCUUCGCUUUGCGGAUUAACCAGCCUGAUCCGACCUACGUCGUUCCGGAUCAUCUUCUGCAUCCCGAACCGAUGAAGCGCUUUUGGACCGGCGUUUUGUUCUCCUUGGUGGUGACAGAAGUUGUUGCCCUCCAGUGCUACUCAUGUAGUGGAAACAAUGACUGCCGGGAAACGGAAACAUGUAAAGAGCACCAGAAGAUGUGCAAGACCACCGUCAUGACCAUAAUCAAUCGACACAAGAUCACCCCCUACUUCCUCAAGGGUUGUGAUGUAAGUGGAAAGCCGAAUAAUUCCAUCUCACACCUUCUGGGCCAUCGACUUGUGUUUCUGGCAGAGGAACAUUGUAAAACCGAUUUGUGCAACAGUGGUGUUCCCAAGGAAAUACCCAGAGUGAGGGAUAUGAUCCAUGUCCAAAGCCACAGAGAAAGCAUCCUGAGUUGCUAUUCUUGUACAGCUGCUGAUAACACUUGUAACAACUCCAGUCUCACACAGAUGAAUUGUUUCUGGCCCCAGGAAAAGUGUGUGGAUAUCACCUCCUUGACAGAUCCAGAAGAAUUUCCCAAGGACCAGGAACGCAUCAAGGGCUGUGGCCAGCUUUCCCACUGCCAGGAUGCUCUGGGCUUCCAAAAUCACAAGAGUUUCUACAUGAUCAACUGUUGUAACUCCAGCUGGUGUAACAAACACGUGCAAGAUUACAAGAAGGCACCCUUGCCCUUGAACGGGGUCACGUGCCACAGCUGCGAAGGAAACACUACUCACGGUUGUGCCCCAGAUAACAUCACAACGGUGCAAUGCCGAGGCCCCAUGACUCAGUGCCUAGAAGCCUCGGGAAUCCACGGCAUCUCUGGCAACAAUUCAAUCAUCAAAGGUUGUGCUUCCCCAUCCUGGUGCGACAGCCCCUACACCUCCAUCUACAAGAAUCUGGGCAGCGUAGAGACCCACUGCUGUGCUAAUAAUCUAUGCAACAGUUGGAUCAUCGAUGGACAGAUGAAAGCAUCUCCAAGGAGCCAAGCCAGCCACUUCACCUUGGCCCAACACACUCUUAUUUCAACGGGUUUUCUGCUUUUUAUGGUUUUUCUUCUUUCUUAAGAAAGCUCAGAGACUUAGAACUGUGGCCUUUUGCAUUCUCCCCAAUAUUUAAUGCAGCUGGGAAUAACUAGGGGGGUUCCUGUUGAGCGCCCCUACUUAGACACACCGUAUACCUCACACCAUUAAAGAGACCACCAUCCCUACCAAACCAGGGGUGAAGAGACCACAGUCUUGGGGACCAAAGAAUACAUGUUUCAAGCACUCACGAGCCUCUGCACCUUCUCCCCUCCCUUUUUCAAAAUGGUCCUUAGCCCAGCUAUCCAUGCUGACUUGAGAAUAUUUAUUUUUUCUUGACUAAACACAGGUAGUCCUCGAUCUACGACCACAGUGGAGGUCAACCUUCCUGUGGCUAAGGGAGACCUUCGUUAAGUGAGUUUGGCCCCCAUUUUACCCCUUUUGUUGACACCACGUUUGUUAAGUGAAUCGCUUGCCGAUCUUAAGUUAAUAACAGGAUGGGGAAGUCCCUCUGGCUUCCCCAGUGACUUUGCUUGCCAGAAGGUUGGAAAGCAGGGUCACACGACCCCGGGACACUGCAAGUGUCGUAAAUAUGAAUCAGUCGCCAAGCGUCUGAAUUUUGA